CUUGAACCCCGCUCUGCAUAUACACGGCGUUGUAGCUGUUCUAUUUGUUCUUUACCUAUAUAGGUCUUGGAACUUCAUAGAUACCUAACUUGUGCAUGCUAGACGUUUAACUGCUCGGCAAGAAGAAUGCAAAAUCAGGUCUUACGCAGGCCUGCUACAUGCAGUCAGCCUCAAGCUGCUGCUGGAAAGCCGGCCGUUCCUUUGAAGUUUAGCAAUGGACGAAUUGCCCGUCGGCUUCCCUGCGCGGCUGGCGCGAAACAGCCGCAAGGUUGUGGCGCCCAGCCGCUGGAGUCGCGAAGCAGCCUGGCACCCUUCGCGCGCAGCCAGGGACGCCUUUUGACCGUCGCAGCAAGCGCAGCGGUGGCAACGGAAAUUAGCACUCAGAGGGUUUAUGUUUUUGGCAAGAGCAAGAGCGAGGGCGACGCCUCCAUGAAGCAGCUGCUUGGAGGCAAGGGCGCAAACCUGGCAGAGAUGUCGCGCAUCGGCCUGUCGGUCCCGCCCGGCCUCACAAUUACCACCAACACAUGCGCGGACUUCCACUCCAACGGCCGCCAGCUGCCCCCCGGCUGCUGGGAGGAGGUGCUGGCGGGGCUCCGGGCCGUGGAGGCGGAGAUGGGCUGCAAGCUGGGCGACCCCGCGGCGCCGCUGCUGCUGUCGGUGCGCUCAGGAGCCGCGGUUUCCAUGCCGGGUAUGAUGGACACGGUCCUCAACUUGGGCCUCAACGACGCGUGCGUGGAGGGGCUGGCGGCGCGGUCGGGCGACCCGCGGUUCGCGUACGACGCGUACCGCCGCUUCCUGGACAUGUACGGCGAUGUGGUGAUGGGCAUCCCGCACCACCUGUUUGAGGAGCAGCUGGAGAAGCUCAAGUCCGAGCGCAUGGUCAGUGAGGACACGGCGCUCUCCGCCGCCGACCUGCGCCUGCUGGUGGGCCGAUACAAGCAGGUGUACGGCAGGCUGGGCAAGGUCUUCCCCGAGGACCCCUACGAGCAGCUCCGACUCGCCAUCUACGCGGUGUUCGACUCCUGGCAGAGCGAGCGAGCCAACGUGUACCGCUCGGUCAACGGAAUUACCGGACUAGCGGGUACGGCAGUCAACGUACAGGCCAUGGCGUUCGGCAACAUGGGGCCCACCAGCGGCACGGGUGUGUGUUUCACACGCAACCCCUCCACCGGGGAACGCAAAUUGUACGGCGAGUACCUCAUCAACGCUCAGGGCGAGGAUGUGGUGGCGGGCAUCCGCACCCCCGAGCCCAUCGAGACGCUGGCUCGAACCCUGCCGGGCGCAUACCGGCAACUGAUCGACAACUGCGCCCUGCUGGAGAAGCACUACAAGGACAUGCAGGACAUUGAGUUCACGGUGCAGGAGGGGCAGCUGUUCAUGCUGCAGUGCCGCGGCGGCAAGCGCACGGGCGCCGCGGCGGUUAGGAUUGCGGUUGAGAUGGUUGAGGAGGGGCUCGUGGAUCCGGACACUGCUGUACUGAUGGUGGAGCCGGGGCACCUGGAUCAGCUGCUGCACCCGCAGUUUGCGGAUGAGGCGUCGUACAAGGGAGAUGUGAUGGGGACAGGUCUCCCCGCCUCCCCCGGCGCCGCAGUGGGUCAGGCCGUCUUCACCGCGGAGGACGCGGAGGCGUGGCGCGCCAGCGGCCUGCCGGUCGUACUCGUACGGCGGGAGACGAGCCCCGAGGACGUGAAGGGCAUGUACAGCGCGGAGGGGGUGCUGUGUCAGCUGGGCGGCAUGACGAGCCACGCGGCGGUGGUGGCGAGGGGGUGGGGGAAGCCCUGCGUGACGGGGUGCGCGGACCUGCAGGUGGACGAGCACAACAAGGUGGCUCGCAUCAACGGUCACGAGAUCCGCCAGGGCGACUUCAUCUCGCUCAACGGCUCCAGCGGAGAGAUCAUCCGGGGCAAGCAGCCGCUGGCGCCGCCGGAGCUGGCGGGGGAUCUGGGCAGGUUCAUGGCCUGGGUUGACGCCCGGCGGCGGCUGGGGGUGCUCACCAACGCGGACACUCCCGAGGAUGCGGAGGAGGCGCGCAAGUUUGGAGCCGAGGGUAUCGGGCUGUGCCGUACGGAGCACAUGUUCUUCGCCAGUGAGGAGCGCAUCGCCACUGUACGGCGGAUGAUCGUGGCGCAGACCAAGGAGGCCCGGCUGAAGGCGCUUGCUGACCUGCUGCCUUUCCAGCGGGCGGACUUUGAGGGCAUCCUUCGCGCCAUGGACGGGCUGCCGGUCACCAUUCGGCUGCUAGACCCGCCGCUGCACGAGUUCCUGCCGGAUGGGGAGAUGACGGAGGUGUGUGAGGCGCUGGCUCGGGACGCGGGUGUGACGGUGGACGAGGUGUACGGCACCAUUGAGAAACUGCAGGAGGUGAACCCCAUGUUGGGUUUCCGCGGCUGCCGACUGGGUGUCACCUACCCCGAGAUCACCGAGAUGCAGGUUCGGGCAAUGUUCGAGGCUGCCGUACAAGUGAUGAACAGCGGCGGUGUCGUACAGCUCGACAUCAUGGUACCGUUGGUCGGUACGGCAGCCGAGCUCCGAAACCAGGAGCAGUUGGUACGGCGAGUGGGAGAGCAGGUGAUGUCGGAGCACGGCAACGUACGAGUGCCGUACCGCGUGGGUACGAUGAUCGAGGUGCCCCGAGCGGCGCUGCAGGCGGGCUCCAUCGCGACGGUCGCGGAGUUCUUCUCCUUUGGAACCAACGACCUGACCCAGAUGACGUUCGGCUACUCUCGUGACGACAUUGGCAAGUUCCUGCCCACCUACCUAGAAAAGGGUAUCCUGCCGUACGAUCCCUUCCAGGUUCUGGACCAGGAGGGGGUGGGGGAGCUGAUCCGCUUUGCAGUGGAGCGCGGCCGCACCGCCCGACCCGACCUCAAAAUCGGCAUCUGCGGGGAGCAGGGAGGCGAGCCCAACACAGUCGCCUUCCUGCACGACGUGGGUCUGGACUACGUGUCCUGCUCGCCCUUCCGGGUGCCCAUCGCCCGACUGGCGGCGGGGCAGGCGGCCAUCAGGAGUGCUCGCAAGCAGGCGGCAGCGGCCAAGCAGUGAUGAUGGGGUGGUGAAAGGGCGGAGGUUUUGCGCGUUUGCAAGCCUUGCGGGGGGGACAAGAAGACAGCGGGGCAGGAAUGAAAGGAGUAGGUUGCGGGCAGGGGAAGCUGCGUAGGGGUGAUCUACGUGUCUGCGUGCUGCUUACUGGAGGGAGCGCGCGUCGUGAUACGGCAACUGCACUUCGGAGGGAUACCGGUAAGAAAGGGUUGGAAAGGAAGGUUGAAGAAGCGAAAUAGCAUUGAGAGUGGCUCGUAGUCGUGGUGGGCGGGGCUGAAUAUGCACAUACACUUCUGCCGGUUUGAUGAAGCUGGCGUCCGUUAGCAACUGAAGCUUGUUAUCGAGAGAUGGAGAGACUCGAGAAGUAGGGAGAGGGAGGGAGUGGCAAAGAGUGACGAGCCGUAUACCGUACAUGUGCUAGAAGAGAGAACAAGGGGCCACGAGUGUUGGAGGUGACAGCAGUGGACACGCGCGCGUGGGGGCCGUUGCGAAGCAUGGUAGGCUGGAUUGGCUCUCUGAGGUCUCUGGUUGCAAGUCCAAUGUAUGUCAGUAUGAGUGAGAGGAAUGCAGCACUAGCGAUACAUGCCAUGUGACGAGCGAGCUUGUGUGUGGUGCACAUGGGGGGUGGGAGCUUGCUUGCUUGUAGCGUGUUCUUGUUGGCACGACGGAGUGGCGGAGUGUAAUGUGACGGCAUCGGGUGAGGCGGUGUGCCGCCGCUCAGUGAAAAGAUCAGGCUUCGUGCCGCCGAUCGGUGAAAAGAGGGGAGUG